AUGGGCUGGUUUUGGGCAGAUGCUCCCGUCGGCAGGGUCGAGACGAAGCCUUCGGCACAUGAUGCUUUCGUCGCCGACGGACGAUCACCACCUCCCCAAUGCCCCAUGCACAAGAAGACCGCCGAAGCCCUAGCAUCUCCUCCCUCUCGACCUGCUGCUUGCCCCGUCAAACACGACGCCUCGGCCGCUCCGCCUUCAGCGUGUCCCGUCCCUCACGAAGCCAGGAUGGCCGCGAAAGCCGAGCCCGAGCCUCAGUCCACCCUGUCGAAGCUGAACCCGCUCAACUGGAUGUUCAGCGACCUGUCUCAAGCUCCCGCCCCGGAGCAGUCGCAUUACCUGCCCACCGAGCGUGAACCCUCGACGAUACCCAGGGGCGAUGGCGCCGGCAACUGGGAGUACCCGUCCCCCCAGCAGAUGUACAACGCGCUCCUGCGCAAGGGAUACUCGGACACCGACGUCACGGCCGUGGAGAGCAUGGUCAGCGUCCACAACUUCUUGAACGAGGGAGCCUGGGCCGAGAUUAUGGAGUGGGAGAAGCGCUUCGCCGGCGGUCUCAAGCGCGGCUGGCAGCUGUGCUCCAAGGGCGAGCAGAACUUUGACAAGAUGGCCAAGAAGUACGGCUACGAGAAGGAGGUCGAGGAUUUGUCCCCGAGCUUGAUGCGCUUCCAGGGUCGCCCCCAGGAAAUGACGCCCAAGGCCGCCAUGAUUCAGGUCAUGGGCUGGCUGUAUCCUGCCAUGUUUGGAACCGAGCCUCCUUUCGACCGCCACGAUUGGUUCGUCUCACGCGACAUCAACGGACAGCAGAAGGAAAUCCGCUACGUGAUCGACUACUACUCCGGCGGCACCGAGGAGACCGGCGAGCCUAUCUUCUACCUCGAUGUCCGACCUGCCGUUACCCCCACCCAGGCCGCCGAACGACUGAUGAGAUGGGGCUGCGACACCUGGUGGAAGGCAUCGGGCGGCGAUGUACGCGAGCAGGAGAAGUGGGAGGCGCGCCGACAGGCUCGAACCUCGUGA